UCGUUUCUUUAAGAAGAAGAAAAACACCAUUUCUCUCUCUCACACACAUACACACAGUAGUAGCAGCUGCUGCUUCGUCUUCUUCAUCGGAGCUCUUUUUGUUCAGCUAUGGCGGCACUGCAAUACUUGGAAUCAUUUUGCAAUGCAAAUCCGCAGCUUAAUGAGUGGUACACUACGCUAUCAGAUCUGUACAACAGAAAACUAUGGCAUCAACUUACUCUUAAGCUCGAACAAUUUGUUCUUCUUCCCCUUUUUCAGGCGGGUGAUGGACUAAUACAGUUGUAUCACAACUUCAUUACUGAUUUCGAGACAAAGAUCAAUCUUCUCAAGCUUGCACAUUUUGCGGUUGUUGUUUCUCGGCAAUACCCCGAGAAAGAAGCCGCCAUAGCUUUCCUUGAAGGGGUGACAGAGAAACUUCAUAAUACUAAAGAGACCCGGAUAGAGGAGCCGAUUCUUUAUAUUAAGAUGCAGAUUGCCCUAUUUAAGCUUGAGAAAGGAGAUCCAAAAGAGUGCCAGAAACUUUUAGAUGAGGGGAAGACUACACUUGAUAGCAUGACUGACAUUGAUCCAUCUGUCUAUGCAAGCUAUUAUUGGGUUUCAUCUCAGUACCAUAAAGCUCGACAGGAGUUUGCCGACUUUUACAAAAGUGCUCUUCUUUAUCUCGCGUACACUUCAGUGGAAUCUCUUUCUGAAUCAUUUAAGCUGGAUUUGGCUUUUGAUUUGUCCCUCUCAGCAUUGCUGGGAGACAACAUAUACAACUUCGGAGAACUGCUUGCUCAUCCGAUUAUAAAGAGUCUGAUAGGGACUAAGGUUGAGUGGCUCUAUUAUAUUCUAGAAGCAUUCAACACCGGUGAUUUGGUUCACUAUCAAAAAUUGUGCAAUGUCCAUCAAGCUGCUUUAAAUGCUCAACCAGCAUUGGUGCAGAACGAGAAAAAGCUUCUUGAGAAGAUCAACAUUCUCUGCUUGAUGGAAAUUAUCUUCAGUCGUCCAGCAGACGAUAGAACUAUCCCCCUAAGUGUGAUUGCACAGCGCACAAGGUUAAGUGUGGAGGAUGUUGAAUAUCUACUCAUGAAGAGCCUUUCUGUGCAUUUGAUUGAGGGAAUAAUUGAUCAAGUUGAAGGGACAGUUCAUGUCUCGUGGGUGCAACCAAGAGUUCUGGGAAUUCCUCAAAUCAAGUCAUUGAGGGAUCGGCUAGACAGUUGGGUGGAUAAAGUACACACCGCUUUGUUAUCCGUGGAGGCUGAAACUCCUGAUCUAGUUGCAGCAUAAUCUUUUACGUUCAAUAGAUCCCAUCUCUAUUUCAAUUUUACUUCUUGCCAGAGAGCUGAGUAACUUGGGACUGGUCUAGUUUUCAUAGACCUUUAUUUGUAUGUUCUGAAAUUAUUGAUGAUCUCAAUUGAAUUUUUUUUCCCUAGAUGGGGUUUCUUGUUAUUGUAUUUGAUCACUUCUAAUUCAGAUUGAUGGACAUCCAAUGUUGGACAUGAAGCCAAGCUGUGAAAUGACUAUAAUUUACAACUGUUGGGUUUUUGUUA